AUGCGCGCUGCUGUUGUACUCCGAGGUCAUGGCUGGCGUGCGUCGGCCAUCGACAUAGCUUCUUCGAGACAAUUCACAUCCACAAGCAAGACACCUACAGCCAUUGCUAGUCGGUUGCCCAGAAAGCACAAUCCUGGCUUCAAUCUCCCUUUCCAGGCCCCGGCCGCGCCCUCGCUAUUCCAGUGUAGAUCCAAGUCCAGCCUGCAAUCGCCCGUCGCGGAGCUUGUCCGACGGCCUCGGACUGGCCUCUCAUCGCCAUGGAGGUCUCCCACUUCUCAAUUGCGGUCGUUUACAAACCAACCUGCUCUGCGGGAAGCGCCGAAGGACACAGACAGGCAGGACGUGAUAGAAAAAGAGAAGGCGAGAAGGGAAGAGGAGGCGGAAGAUCUCAUCGAUGAGCAAGGCGGGUUCCAGAGGAGUGAAAAGGCUGCCAAGGCAGCGCAGAUCAACCUGAGCGCGCGUUUGUCGAGUCCAAAACCGCAGGGGAAUACAGCAGGGUUCAAGGAGAUAUGGAGGUUGAUCAAGAUUGCAAAGCCAGAGAGUAAAUGGCUGGCUCUUGCGUUUGCAUUGUUGCUAAUAUCGUCCUCUAUCACCAUGUCGAUACCAUUCUCCAUCGGAAAAAUAUUGGACCUUGCGACCAAGGAUGCAUCUGAAGGGAACAGGCUAUUCGGUCUUGAUCUUACACAGUUUUAUUUUGCCCUCGGAGCUGUCUUGACUAUUGGAGCCGCUGCCAAUUAUGGGCGAAUCAUUGUCCUACGAAUCGUCGGGGAAAGAAUAGUUGCCAGGCUUCGGUCGCAGCUGUAUAGGCGGACAUUUGUCCAGAACGCUGAAUUUUUUGAUGCAAAUAGGGUUGGAGACCUGCUCUCCCGUCUCAGUUCCGACACAGUCAUUGUUGGUAAGAGCAUUACACAGAAUCUAUCCGACGGGCUAAGAGCGCUUGUCAGUGGUGGAGCUGGAUUUGCGGCCAUGGCCUGGGUUAGCUUGAAGCUAACAAGCAUUUUGUGCUUGAUGUUUCCUCCAGUAGCCAUCGGCGCGUUCUUCUAUGGAAGAAUGAUUCGGAAUCUCAGCAGAAAGAUCCAACGGAAUCUCGGAACGUUGACUAAGAUUGCAGAAGAAAGGCUUGGUAACGUCCGGACCAGUCAAGCAUUUGCUGGAGAAGCCCAGGAAGUUGGACGGUACAACCAUCAGAUCAAGAAGAUCUUCGCACUGGGCAAAAAAGAGGCACUUAUCAGCGCCACUUUCUUCAGUUCAUCUGGCUUCUUCGGAAAUAUGACCAUCUUGGCUCUUCUAUACUCUGGCGGGUCGAUGGUCAAGAAUGGACUCAUCAGCAUUGGAGACCUAACGUCGUUCUUGAUGUAUACCGCCUAUGCAGGAUCAAGCUUGUUCGGUCUUUCGAGCUUCUACUCAGAGCUAAUGAAAGGGGUUGGUGCCGCCAGUCGGUUGUUCGAAUUACAAGACCGGAAGCCUACGAUUCCUGCUACCGUUGGCACCAAGGUUAAAUCUGCUCGAGGGCCGAUUAGGUUUGAGAACCUCCAUUUCGCAUACCCCACCAGACCAGCAGUCAACGUAUUUGAGGGUCUCGAUUUUGAGAUCCCAUCGGGGACCAAUGUUGCAAUCGUUGGUCCCAGCGGCGGUGGCAAAUCAACCAUCGCAUCUCUCCUUUUAAGAUUUUACGACCCAACGCAAGGCAAGAUAUACAUUAAUGGGCAAGAUAUUUCAACCAUGAAUGGCAAAUCUCUCCGUCGCCGAAUAGGGCUAGUUGGUCAGGAACCAGUCCUGUUCUCAGGCUCAGUUGCGGAAAAUAUCGCAUACGGCAAACCUCACGCCUCCCGAGCCGAAAUCACUGCUGCGGCAAAGAAAGCAAAUUGCGGAUUUAUUAGCGACUUCCCGGAUGGACUGGAUACGUCUGUUGGCCCUCGAGGCGCCCAGCUAUCUGGCGGACAGAAGCAAAGAAUCGCAAUUGCGAGAGCGCUGCUCAAAAACCCAGACAUUUUGAUUCUGGACGAAGCAACUUCAGCGUUGGAUGCUGAAUCCGAGACACUCGUCAACGCCGCGCUAGCAGCAUUGCUAAAGGGCCAAAAUACCACUAUUUCCAUUGCCCAUCGAUUAUCUACCAUCAAGAGAUCCGACCAUAUCAUCGUUUUCUCAAACGACGGCAAGGUCGCCGAGACCGGCACCUAUACCGCAUUAUCGCAGAACCCGGAAUCGGCAUUCUCGCAAUUGAUGGAAUGGCAGAUGACUGGUGGUGACUUGGUAGACAAGCGACAAGUGGAAACCAAAGGUCAGCUCACCGAGACGGAACGAAUCGAGCAGGACUUAGCCAUCAUGAGUGAAGAGCAGGAUGACGAUAUUGACGAGAACGGAGAUGAUGUUGAGGAGGCGUUGAGGGAGCUCGAAGAAGAGCAGACAAAAGCUGAAGCCGUGAUAGAAAAGACCGGGGAUCAGGUUAAAUAA